UCAACGAAUCUGAAAAGCUCGGUCUUCAUAUUAAUCCAUCCAAAUGUGAAUUGUUUUUCCUUUCAGAAAAAAUCGACGAAGAAAUUGUUUCAAAAUUUAAUACCAUCUGUCCAGAAAUUUGCGUAACAACAAAGGAGGACCUGAAUCUACUUGGCGCACCCCUUUUCGAAGAAGGCUUCAUUAAGUUUUCUGAAAAAGUUUUGAGCAAGUUGAAGGUUAUGUUCGAGCGUUUGAAACUUCUUAAUUCUCAUACGGCUUUAUUUCUUUUAAAAAACUGUUUUGCCGUUCCGAAACUUACAUAUUUGCUCAGAACGUCACCAGCAUGGAAAUUCGAAGUUUUCAUAUCAUCUUUCGAUGACGAAAUUAAGGACCUUCUGGAAACAAUCCUAAAUAUUGAUAUGAAUGACCAACAAUGGACUCAAGCCACAUUGCCUAUCAAUUUUGGGGGCCUUGGUAUAAGGAAACUACAAGACAUUUCUUUGCCAGCUUUCCUUAGCUCUUCAUUUGGAGUUAAAAGUCACGUCUCUCAUAUUCUCAAUUUUCAAGAUACGACUUUUAUUGUUCAUUUAGAUGAAGCUUUGGAAAAAUGGAAAAGUUUAAAUGAUCUUCAAGCACCUUCUAUCAAGCAUUUGCAAAAGAAUUGGGACUUAAUUAACGUUCAACGGAUAAUGAAUGAGAACUUCAAGUUUACAUUGAAAACGGACAUAGCACGUUUCAAAGCUUUGCAAUGUAAAGAAUCAAAUGCCUGGUUACAUUCAAUACCAUCAUCAAACAUUGGAACAGUCAUGGACAGAAAUGACGGAAAAAGACCGGAUGCAACCUGUGUCGAUACUUUCGCAGACUCAUAUUUAUCAAAAACAUCUACAAAGGCUAGACAACUUGCAGAUUAUGCAGCGUCUCAGAAGCACAAACAUUAUUCAGAACUUUUGUCUUCUAACAAUUACAUUCUAUUAGCCUUCGCUGUUGAAACUAUGGGCCCGUGGAGUGAAGAAGCAUUAAAUUUCGUAGACAAAAUCGGCCAUAAACUACAAGAGUUGACUGGAGACAAAAGAUCAAAAUUCUUUCUAAUACAGAGAAUGUCAAUGGAAAUACAAAGACACAACGCCGCUUGUAUUAUGGGCACAAUUUCCCCGAAUAAACCAUUGGAAGAAGUUUUCUAUUUAUAAAUAUG